AUGGACCUGCGGGCGGCGCUGAACGCGGUGGACGAUGACUACGGCUACGAUAACGAGCGCCCAUUCCCCGUCCAGACGGAGAUCGUGGACGUGUAUUUACUGCGACCCGAAGAGCCACGCGACAUCGAAGUCAAGGACUUUACCAUCAUGAAACCCAAGAAGAACAAGAUGCGGCGUCUCAUUCGCUUCUAUCCCCGCUGCCAGAUCUCGUAUCGAGCCACGUUGCCGGCCGAAGAAAAGGUCGUGACGUCUCCUGGUGGCACUGUUACAACUACGAUCCUUCCAGAGCGUCUGCCACGUCACAAUGGCGGCUUUAGCAACCCAAGCCGAAGCUUGGAGAUCCUUCGAAUGAAGAAAAAGCUGCUGCAAGAGUACAAUGCGUUACUGCAAGAUGACGAUCGAGAAGCAGCCAUGUUUGACGCUCUCAUUGGUCAAAGUGCCCACUCUGCGGAACAGCAGAAGAGCUCGGACCCUAAUACUAGCUACGCCAACAGAGCGGAGAUCAUUCGUCUUGAGCCUCUACGUAAGUUCCAGCCGCCACCUCCAAAGUACGAGCCUGUGACGGUGGGAGAUGAGGACUUUAUUCCGUUGACAGGAGAUAAAGUUGGGAGCAUGACACUCGAUGAGCGUGUGAAGUAUGUGUCUUCUCUUUGGCCGAGUCCACCACCUGUCGACGACCACGAAGGUCUUAUGGAUUUUUACGGCAUUGAAGUGCAGAUUAUUUCGGAGGAGGAGAGGGCAAAAGAGUUUGUAGCAGAGACAGACACGGAGGAGUGUAUCGGUAUGCAGAAGAGAGGCGAGCUGUUGGUAACAGCAGCAUCCGCUCCAGCGAGUGAGACGGUAUCAAUGAAGACAGACACUGAUACCGCAACGCCUAUCUACGACAGCGAUUCCGAGACAACUGUGCCGUCAUCUCCCGAAUAUUGUGCGAAGACGCGAAGAGCAGCACUGCAAAAAUUGAAGAAGGCAGUCGCGGAAGACGACGAUGAUGAGCUUAGGCCGAAUCCUAUGAUUUCAAAGCAAGACGAUUGGGUGCAGUGCGACAAGUGCCAAAAGUGGCGCCGCCUUCCAAAUCAAGUGAACGUGUCGGAGCUGCCAGCUGUUUGGUACUGCAAAAUGAAUCGCUGGGACAAGCACCACAAUAAAUGCUCGGCACGGGAGGAGAAGCUCGUACUGCAUCGGAAAAAGAACGAUGUAGCAGAAUACCUUCAGCGCAAGUUUGCCCAGGACUUCGUGCAGCGCUGUAAGCGUCUGGAUCAAUCGACACACCUCUACAAGUACACACACGCACAUGAAGACGACGGCGAGCGUAAAUUUGUGCAAUGCUCGGAGUGCCUGAAGUUACGUCCGCUCAUCAGUGGCAUGGAUCCGAACAAAGUGGCCGAGCCUUUUGUUUGUUGGAUGAAUUCCGACGAACUGUUGGCAAGUUGCUCGGCUCCUGAAGGGCCGCUAUACUCUCGGACAAAAUCGCUUCGGCAAACUGUACCAUCACGUGGUGUCAACAGCACGUCAUGCACUUUGUCCGAGUUUAUUGAGCAAGACCAGUUCGAACGAGCAAAAGAUAUCGACACAACCAGUGACCCUGCAACGUCUGGAUGCAGCGGUCGCGGUGGGAACAAGUCGGGUGGAAAACGAAAGCGGCGAACAGCGUUUGGUGUUUUUGACAAAGGGUCCAGCGCUGGAAACGUCGAUAUGAUGGUGAACAAUACAAAGCGAAGAACAGCAGCUUGA